AUGAUCGAAGAAGAAAAUAUUCAAUUUCAAAAAGACAAGAUAAGUCAUAGCAAACCGAUUCGUAGAAUCCCAAGAAAUGUCCAAACAUUCGGUCCAAAAGUAAAAUCAGCUAGCCAGGCGAAUAAAUUUAAUUUUCAACACGUAGUCUAUGCACUUAAAAGCAUCAGCGAGGGGCGAGAUAUAUUAAGCAGCAUUAAAACAGUCUCAGAUCGCAUAAAUGACUUAAAUGAAUCCGAUUUAGAGAAGAUUGAAACAAUGAUUCCUUACAAUGUUCUACUAGAUGUGAUAGUUUCAAUGGGUGAUUCAGCAGAUUCAUCGCCAAAACCGGGUAAUUUUACUCCAAUACUAAUAAUUUUAAGUAAAUUUGCUGGAAAUGAUUCAUUUCCAGCCAAUUUAUUCAUUGAUGAAAAAAUACUACAACUAAUUUUAUCUGUUAUCAGUAAUGCAGAAGGUCUAGAUAAUAGAGACUAUGCAUUUAAGAUCUUUAAUACAUUAGUCAGAAUUGAUGUCAGUGUGCGUGACUUCCUGAUAGCAAAUGGCAUCAAAACUAUACUUUACACAGAAAGUUUACCUCCUUCUGGCAUAGAUUUACUAUUCGCUUUCGCUUUUACCCAGCCAUAUUUAGAAAAAAAUACAAUUAGACAGAUUUACUUUACUCUUCUUAAUAUAAUACAAGGAGGGAAAUCUAAAUCUGUUCUACGCAUCCUUGAGUAUCUACAAGAAGAUCUGCCAGCCGUUGAAGGUUUUGCGUUUGAAUUUGCAGAAUAUAUCUUAAUAAGAAUAGAAAAUAAGUAUGAAUAUAAGAUUGUUCGGAAAGUGUUUGAUGUUAAAGGAAAAUUAGAGAUUCCUGAUGAGACAUGUUAUAUGUUUUUGUUAAACUCUCUGAAAUCGAACAUCGAGAAGCCAUCAACACAUGAAUUACAGAGUUUUUUAAUAUGGGGAUUUAGCACAUUAGUAUCAUUCAUCUCUAAUUUCGACUUAGAUUCAUUGAAACAAAUCUCAGAGUUUUUCUUCGAAAAAUUUGCAAAAUUUUCAUAUAAAAUACAAGUUGUUGUUGUCAAGGCAUUCUGUUUGAUGGAUAGUUCGUGUUUAGAUGAUUCUCGUUGUGUUGAUGCCCUUGUGCAGUUCUCUGUUGAUGAAACAAUUGGCGCACACUGCAUGAUGAAACUUGUUUCAAUAAUUAAAAGAGGUAGCGAAAUCUCAGAAUACGCAGCAGAAAAAUGCCAUGAAAUAGAUGAUUCUAUCAAUGACAUGAUGACAAAUGAAGACCCUGAGAAAUCUAAUGCUGCAGCAACAUUAUCAAUUACUCUUGAAGAAAUGCAAAAAUAA